GCAAAGCGAAAAGACCAAGAUGGCGGACGAAGCAGCUGUGGCUCGUCGGAGAAGUUUUGAAUUUACGACCUUGUAGCCGUAUAAAGUUAACAGAAAAUAUAUAUUCCUCCAGAUUCGUCUUUUUUAAAAGCCCGCAAAACGGAAGUGGAGCAUGAAGUGACGGAGCGAUAUCUGAAGUGAAGAUUGAAGACGUGAUAGAAGAUGGACGACUACUGCUAUGCUAAGAUGGCGACGUCAUGUCAAAGACAACAUAAAAGACAACCAGAAACUUCCAGCAAAUCACCAACGGAGAUAAAGACCAAAACUACAGAAAAUUACGUCCAGCAGCUGAUUGGUCAUCCAGAAGAACUUCCCCCUCCAUCAGGGGGGAGCUCCACUUUGAAGCAGGAGACUCCACAACCACCCUGCAUUAAAAAGGAGGAGGAGGAACUCUGGAUCACUCAGGAGGGAGAGUGUCUUCUAGGACAACUUGAUUACACCAAGUUGCCACUGACUAUUGUCUCUGUGAAGAUUGAAGAUGAUGGAGAGAAACCCCAAGUAGACAACCUCUUACUGUCAGAUGGUGAGACGGAAGACGAGGUUGGAGUGCCUUUGAGCAGCGAUACGGACAGUGAAGGUGAUAUGAGGACUCACACUGACAACAAACACUCUGAACGCUCUAAAAAGAAGAGCCGUAAAACAGAUGUCCACCAGCUGAUUGGUCAUCCACAGCCACCCCACAUUAAAAAGGAAGUGGAGGAACUCUGGAUCACUCAGGAGGGAGGGUAUCUUCUAGAACCUCAAGAGGCUGAUCUCACCAAGUUGCCACUGACUGUUGUCUCUGUGAAGACUGAAGAUGACGAAGAGAAACCACAACCAAUCAAACUCUUAGCUCCACUAUCAGAUAGUGAGGCUGAAGACGAGGUUGAAGAACCUUUGAGCAGCGAUACAGACUGUGAAGGUGAUAUGAGGACUCACACUGAUAAACACUCCGGAUGCUCUAAAAGGAAGAGUGAAAAAAAAUGUUUGAGCUGCUCGGUUUGUGCUAAAAGUUUUAACAGAAAAAGCAAUUUGACUCAACACAUGGUCACACACAGAGGAGAAAAAUCAUACAAUUGUUCCGUUUGUAGUAAAAGUUUUUCUCGAAAGGGCAAUUUGACUCAACACAUGAAAACUCACGCAGAAAAACAUUUUUGUUGCUCUGUUUGUGAUAAAAGGUUUUUCUUCAGACAAAACUUGACGCGACACGUAACGAGACACAAAGUAGGAAAACCAUUUAAUUGUUCAGUUGGUGGUAAAAAAGUGCGUAAAAAGUGUGAUUCGACUCAACACACGAGCACCGACACAAGUGAAAAAACAUUUAAUUGCUCCGAUUGUGGUCAAAUGUUUCCUCAAAAAAGCAAUUUGACCGAUCACAUGAGAACACACACAGGAGAAAAACCCUUUGAUUGUUCGGUUUGUGGUAAAAGCUUUUCUCAAAAGAGCCAUUUGACUCAACACACGAGAACGCACACAGGAGAAAAACCAUUUGAUUGUUCAGUUUGUCAUGAAAGCUUUUCUCAAAAGAGCAGCUUGAAUGAUCACGUGAGAACGCACUCAGGCGAAAAACCAUUAAUUUGUUCAUUUUGUAGUAAAUGUUUCAUUUCCAGACAAGGUUUGACCCAACACAUAAUGAAGCACACGGGAAAGGAUAAGUGUUCAGUAUGUAGUAAAAGCUUUCCUAAAGAGAGCAGUAUGCACACAGGAGAAAGACCAUUUAAUUGUUCAGUUUGUGCAAAUAACUUUUCUCACAAGAGCAGUUUGACUUAACACAUGAGAACACACACAGAAGGAAACACUUUUUAAUUGUUCCGUCCGCGGUAAAAACUUUUUUUAUAAGAGCAAUUUGAUUCAACACAUGGGAACGCACACGGGCGAAAAAAACAUUUUAAUUGUUUGGUUUGUGGUAAAACUUUUUCUCUAAAGAGCUGUUUGACUGAACACAUGACAACGCACACAGGAGAAAGACCAUUUAAUUGUUCAGUUUGUGCUAAUAACUUUUCUCACAAGAGUAGUUUGCCAUAACACAUGAGAACACACACAGAAGAAAACCAUUUUAAAUCUUUGGUUUGUGGUAAAACUUUUUCUCAAAAGAGCUGUUUGACUGAACACAUGAGAACACACAGAGGAGAAAAAACCUUUAAAUGCUCCGUUUGUGGUAAAAGCUUUCCCCUCAAAACCAAUCUGAUUCAACACACGAGGAAAAAGUUAUUUGUUCAGUUUGCAGUAAAAGCUUUUUUCAAAAGAACAAUAUGGUUCAACACAUGAGAACACACACACAAGAGAAGAAAACAUUUAAUUGUUCAGUCUUUCCCGUAUCCAUUGAUUAUACGUUUUUAUAUUAUUUUUAUUGUAAUAGUAUUUUUUAAAUGUUAAAAAAAUACUUGCGGGCCGCACUUUGGACACCACUAUGGCUCGGUUGGUAGAGUGGCCGUGCCAGCAACUUGAGGGUUGCAGGUUCGAUUCCCGCUUCCGCCAUCCUAGUCACUGCUGUUGUGUCCUUGGGCAAGACACUUUACCCACCUGCUCCCAGUGCCACCCACACUGGUUUAAAUGUAACUUAGAUAUUGGGUUUCACUAUGUAAAGUGCUUUGAGUCACUAGAGAAAAGCGCUAUAUAAAUAGAAUUCAAUUCAAUAACUAUUAUUCAACUACUCUAAAGCAACAAGUACAGGGACUCUGACAAACCAUGGUUUAAUGACAAGUCACAGGAAGGAUCACAGGAAGCCAAGAGCGUUUAUGGGGGAUUUGCCCCCCUCAAGAUUUAAAUUUAAUUGUGUUUUUUAUUUUUAUUUGUGUUUGUUUGAACAGGGGUUUCCUUUCACCAUAGACUUUCUUAGGAACUCUGUAAGUGUUUCCAGAAUACCUUUUUGAACAUUUUCAAUAGUGCCUUCACAGAUGUGUAAGUUACCCAUGCCUUUGGGCACUAAUACACCCCCAUACCAUCACACAUGCUGGCUUUUGAACUCUGCAUCGAUAACAGUCUGGACGGUUCGCUUCCCCUUUGGUCCGGAAGACACAAUUGUCCAAAAACAAUUAGAAAUGUGGACUCGUCAGCCCACAGAACACUUUUCCACUUUGCAUCAGUCCAUCUUAGAUGAUCUCGGGCCCAGAGAAGCCGGCGGUGUUUCUGGAUGUUGUUGAUAAAUGGCUUUCGCUUUGCAUAGUAGAGCUUUAACUUGCACUUACAGAUGUAGCGACCAACUGUAUUUAGUGACAGUGGUUUUCUGAAGUGUUCCUGAGCCCAUGUGGUGAUAUCCUUUAGAGAUUGGUUUUUGAUACAGUGCUGUCUGAGGGAUCGGAGGUCACGAUCAUUCAGUGGAAUGAUUUCUCCAGAUUCUCUGAACAUUUUGACUGUAUUAUGGAGCGUAGAUGUUGAAAUCCCUAAAUUUCUUGCAAUUGCACUUUGAGAAAGGUUGUUCUUAAACUGUUUGACUAUUUGCUCACACAGUUGUGGACAAAGGGGUGUACCUCGCCCCAUCCUUUCUUGUGAAAGACUGAGGAUUUUUUGGGAAGCUGUUUUUAUAGCCAAUCAUGGCACCCACUGGCUCCCAAUUAGCCUGCACGCCAAAUAAGUGUUUGAUGAGCAUUCCUCAACUUUGUCAGUAUUUAUUGCCACCUUUCCCAACUUCUUUGUCACGUGUUGCCGGCAUCAAAUUCUAAAGUUAAUGAUUAUUUGCACAAGAAAAAUGUUUAUCAGUUUGAACAUUAAAUAUGUUGUCUUUGUAGCAUAUUCAACUGAAUAUGGCUUGAAAAGGAUUUGCAAAUCAUUGUAUUUUGUUUAUAUUUACAUCAAACACAAUUUCCCAACUCAAAUGGAAACGGGGUUUGUAGAAUCCUUGCUAAGAAAAUAAAUAAAAAAAGAAAAUAUGCCUGUUUGCCCACACUAAAAUAUUUAUUUUUAAUUUUCCUUAAAGGGCCACAUUUUAGUUCUUUGAGUGUUUAAAUACGUUUAUUUUCUUCCAUUUCAUGGGAAAUUUAUAGAUUGGUUAUUUACAUUUUCACGAACGCGUUGUUACUUUUUUGAUGUUUGUUUUGUGUAUGAUGCUCUGUAUCAAUUUGUUAUCAAAAUAAAGACGAUGAUAAAAAACUGUU